AUGCCUCCCCCAGCACCUGCCAACGAUGAGUCGCACCAGCUCCUUCUCAAUGAACUGGACAUUGCCAACCUCCACAAGCCCUUCCGCAACCCCCAUUGGAAGCCGUCCCAGCGUCGAAACAAGAACUUGAAGCAAAUUAUCUCCGAAAGUGCUCGCAAAGAAGCCUCGGUGCUCGCCACCCAGGCAAACUCCGGCGCAACCACUCCUGGGGCAUCUUUCCCUGGCAGCACCAAUGGAGCCCAGACACCUGCCGAGGGAUCUGACAGGACGCCAAAUUUGGCACAGGCAGCCCAAAGCCUGUCUACCCUUGUUCUCGAAAAGAAUGCCCGCGCAGGACACCUGUCGGGCCCCGCGGUAACCUAUACCAACAUCGAGUCUGCCCCUUCGCUCAACCCGGCUCACCAGCGCCAUUAUUGCGAUAUUACCGGUCUCUCUGGUCCAUACACCGAUCCUAAGACGCGGCUGCGAUACCAUAACAAGGAAAUAUUCGGAGUGAUCCGGUCUCUCGCUCAAGGGGUUCCUGAAAGCUACCUGGAGGCUCGCGGUGCUCACACUAUCCUCAAAUAG